GUUAUCUGAUUCUUUCCGCGAGCCAUAAAGUUAUAUUGACGGACGCGUCUCUCCUCUUGACAGUUCAAACCCUGCAAUCCUCAUUCUCUUUUCAAGAUAACUCAUUCUACUCCAUUUCUUGCUGCAAUUGACCAGCCAUGAGUGCCGUUUCAACCCCGCCAGAGGCAGCGGUGGGCGAGAAAACAUCACCCGCCCUCACACCACAGCACAUCGAGCAUAUUGCCACGCACGACAAAGUACCAGGGCAUGAGAACUACUUUGAGAAAGAUGGCCUCAGAACCUACGGAGAUGGGGAGGACCAUGACCAUGAACCACCAAUGUCAUUCAGGAGGCUGAUGUCCUUGAUCGCCAUGGCCUUUCUCUGGACUGGUUCUCAAAUUCCUGUGUACAUCUUUGGUGGCAUUCCGCCUUACAUCUACGCUGACCUUGGUGGUGUUGAUCGUUGGAUUUGGUUUGUGCUAGCAAACCUUCUCGCCCUUGCUGGUAUCUGUCCAUUUGUAGGGUCUCUCUCAGAUCUUCUGGGCCGCAGAUACGUAGCAUUGGUCGGCUCUUUCUUGGUCAUGCUAGGAAUGAUUGUUUGCUCAACGGCUCAUACAAUGAACAUCUUCAUCGGGGGCAUGACAAUUGCUGGUGUUGGCGCCGGGAUUGCGGAAUUGACGGCUCUGGCUGCAACAUCUGAACUUGCACCUACGGCCAAGAGAGGCAAAUAUGUUGCAGUCUUGAUCUUCACUAUCAUCCCAUUCUGCCCCUCAGUGUUAUGGGGUCAACUUAUUGCGUCCCAUGCCGGUUGGCGUUGGUGCGGGCUGCUCUGUGGCGUCUGGGUAUCCAUCGGCUUCUUCCUGACCCUCAUCUUCUACUUCCCACCUCCUCGAGUCAAUUCUGUUGGUCUUAGUCGACGCGAAAUCAUCUCUCAGAUCGACUUCAUCGGAGGCUUCUUGAGCAUUUCUGGAAUGGUCCUCUUCAUGGCUGGCAUGCAGUGGGGCGGCUAUCAAUAUUCAUGGAAGUCAGCCCAUGUCCUCGUCCCUCUCCUGCUUGGAACAGUUCUCAUCAUCGCCUUCUGCUUCUGGGAAGUAUACGGCGCCAAGUACCCGAUGUUCCCCGCUCGUCUAAAGCAAGCACCUCGCAUUCUCGCCCUCACUCUAGUCAUCACCUUCAUCUCCGGUGCCAAUUUCUUCUCCAUCAUCAUGUUCUGGCCGACCCAAGCCUUUAAUGUCUACGGCCAUGACCCAGUCGGCGUCGGAAUCCGUGGUAUCCCAGUCGGAUUUUCGAUUCUUGCCGGUGCCGUGAUCGUUCUCUGGUCCUUGUCCGUAUUCCGAGGUCGAAACAAGGAGUUGAUGAUCGCUUCUUCCGUCUUGAUGACAGCUGGUUGCGGUGCUCUCGCCUGCGCCAACCGCUUCAACCUGCAUACCCUCUGGGGCAUCCUCGUCCUCGCCGGCCUGGGGAUCGGCGGCAUCGUGGUGCCAGCCUCAAUCAUCACUACAAUCAUCUGCCCCGACGACCUGAUUGCGACCGUAACCGCCUUAACCCUCGCCAUCCGCGUUAUCGGCGGUUCGGUCGGCUACUGCGUCUACUACAACGUCUUCGUCAACAAGUUCGUCCCAAAUGCGACCAAAAUGAUCGGCGGCGCUAUGAUCUACGAGCUUGGCAUUUUAAACAAGACGUACAUUGGCAUGGCAAUUGAGUUCACGGCUGCUAGUUUGCUCCCAUUGCUGAAUGAGAUUCCCGGCAUUAAGGGCAAUCAGACGGCGUAUGAUUUGAUUGUGCUUGUAGGACAGGAGGCCUAUGCGGCGAGUUAUAAGUAUGUUUAUUUUACGAGUAUUGCGUUUGGGAGUGUGAGCAUUCUUGCGGCGUGCUUCUUGGGGGACAUUGGGAAGUAUAUGGAUGAUCAUGUUGCUGUUGUUAUGCACUGAAGGGAAUUUGUGGUGAUCGUGUGGCAGGUUGGCUGACACGGCCUUGUGAUGUUGCGUGAGAGUAGGAUAGUUGGUGUGUAACAGAAAUCGAGAAAACAAAUGCAAGACUUAAAUUAAC